CCGGGUACCAGUCUACAUAAUGUGUGGCUCAUUUCAUGUGUGGCUCAUUUCAUGAUUUCAUGUAGGGGCCUAUAUAUAUGUUCGACUAAAAAAUUAAAAUGUUUAGACCAAGUGUUGUAGUUCUAUAGUGUAAUGUUCAGGUUUGACAAAUGUUACAUCAUCAGUGACGGGUAUGCCAAGGCUAUCCGUACUUUGCACAAGGACUAGGAGAGCAUUUAAUUAUACAACUGAGAAAAUGCCAUUCUAUGCUGUCGGACGAGGCAGAAAUCCCGGAGUUUACAAAUUAUGGUCGGACUGCCAAAAGGAAGUAUCAAAGGUUAAAGAUGCUAGCUACAAGAAAUUUGACAGAGAAGUUGAUGCCUGGAAAUUUGUUAGCGAAUGCACAACGGCUGUCACAGAAGUCAGUGCUGGCCAUAAGAACGGCACACCUCCGGCUCAAGAAAUACAAACUCCAGAAACAGUAGUCAUGUACAAGUUAGGUAGCAUCAGCGAGCCUCAUUCUAAUGCAGCUUUGGGUGUUAUGGAGCCUGAGGAAGUGGAGAUAAAUCAAACAGCGCAGUUUAUAGGCAUCAAACUGCAGAGGUUGGAGCAGCUGUGUAACACUGUCGGCAUCAACAUAGAGCAGAAGAAAAACCAUGAUGAAUUACUAAAAGCUGUUGAAAUGAAAGUCAUCAUUCAAAAUAUGCAGUCUGAGCUCAAGCGUUUCACCUCAUGUAUCAGUUGUGUUGCAGGCAAACCAACACUGACCACGGAGAGGCUUAAUCAAUUCCCUAACAAGCGGAGACGAGUUGAAAGCUCUAGUUCAGCAGCAUCAGGCACGUCAGACGGCGAGCUGAAAGUCUAUACAGAUGGCUGUUGCACGAACAAUGGAAGAUGUUCAGCAAGAGCAGGAAUUGGCGUGUACUGGGGACCAGGCAAUCCACUUAACGUUAGUGAGCGGUUACCAGGGCGACAGACAAACAACAGAGCUGAAAUACAUGCUGCGUGUAAAGCACUGGAACAAGUUAGAGAAAUGGGGAAAACAUCAGUCACAAUCCUUACAGACAGUGUUUUUUGCAUCAAUGGCAUCACAAAGUGGAUCAAAGGAUGGAAGAAGAAAGGUUGGAAGUUGUCAACAGGAGGUGAUGUGAAAAACAAAGAGGACUUCCAAAGACUGGAAUCUUUACAACAUGGUAUUAAUGUCAAGUGGGUCCACGUCAGAGGUCACUGUGGGAUUGUUGGAAAUGAAAAGGCAGACAUGCUAGCCAAUCAGGGGGCAGCCCUUGAUGGUUGAGGCCAGUCGUCACUGUAAAAUUGUUGUUAUUAUAAUAAACCAGAUUUCUACGAAA